AUGUCGUCCAGUGGAUCUGGUCAACUUUCCGAUGAGAGCGACAGCAACAUGCAACCAGCUGAAGAUGAUUGCGAGCGGCUCAUGUCUUCACUGCCGGUGGAGAAAGGUUGGGUCGAUCGCCUGUGUCAGUUUCAAGGUUUUUGGAUCAGUCCUCGCAAGCUACGAGACGUGCUCACUUGCCAACGCCGCUUUCAAGCUCAGCACACCGACGUCCUCCUCGUUACCAAUCCGAAAUCGGGAACGACGUGGUUAAAGGCCAUUGUUUUCGCCUUGAUGAACCGGUUCCGAUAUCCAUUCGCCGAUGACAAUCACCCUUUGCUCUCGCACAACCCUCACGUUCUUGUCCCGUUCUUGCGGGCCGAGCUUCACGUCGAUGGUCAAGUCCCAUCUCCGAGGAUCAUCGCUACUCAUUUACCGCACCAUUCAUUGCCGGACUCGGUGAAGGACUCGCCUUGCAAGCUCGUGUAUUUGUGUAGGAACCCAAGUGACACUUUCGUCUCGCUUUGGCACUUCACAAACAAGAUCCGAUCCAAUGGUUCGGGAACGGAAGCGGUUUCUCUUGAAGAAUCCUUCGAUCAGUUCAUCGGAGGUGUGAGUGUGUAUGGACCGUACUGGGACCAUGUUUUAGGGUAUUGGAAAGCAAGCUUGGAGAGCCCUGAAAGGGUCUCGUUUUUGAAGUACGAGGGACUGAAAGAGCAACCCAAAGUGCAGGUGUCGAAGCUAGCUGAGUUCCUCGGACGACCAUUUUCGUCGGAAGAAGAGGCGAACGGUGCCCUCGAUGGUAUACUGAAGCUAUGCAGCUUUGAGAAUUUGAGCAAUUUGGAGGUUAACAAAACUGGGACAUUGGCCUCCGGUGAGGAUUUCAACAACUUUUUCAGGCGAGGUGAAGUCGGAGAUGCUAAGAAUCAUUUGAGUCCCCAUAUGAUGGAGAAGCUAAACCAAGUUAUCCAAGAAAAGUUGUAUGGCUACGGAUUAAAGUUUUAGCUCCUACUAAUGAUCAUAGUACUGUGUUCUGAUUAAUCCGUGAGUGUUUUAAUAAUG